CAUCUAGAUACGUGUUAUUGUCAGAUAGAUAUAACGUUUGUUAGCCGGUGCAUUCAAAUCGACACAUCCGAGUUCGAGGAGGCCGCAGACAUAUUGCAGCAUGCUGAGAACAAUUCCACAACAAAGUAUCAAUAUUCAUGAAAUAACUUACAAACAUGACGUCCGGUUUCCCAUUUAGAGAGGACAUUUUUGUUUUUAUGAUCAAAAUUAACACCCGUAGUGUCAAAAGUACCCCAAAAUGUAUAUAUUGUUACUAAACUUCCUGACUCCUCCAACGUGUUCAGAACGUAGAAUAACCCCGCCCCUUUUGGAAAUAUCAUUGGGUAGUACAACGGUCACUCAACAGACUAUCCAAUCAUUAGUCACGAAGAAAACAUCGUAUGUCAGUUCUCCAGCCCAGCAGGACGCGACACUGGAAAAUAUGAUAUGCUCGUGCAUGGCCAAAACUAAAGGUGAAAGGUUACCAAAACGUCGACAAACACAAACGCGCUAGCUAGUCUGCUUGGAUUAUUUAAAAUGGCUAAAAUACAGUUGUUGAGAAUGUUUCUCAACCAGCGUUUAACAGCAGCUGCUGAGGAGAUAUUUGGGGCUGUUGAGAAAACGAUAGCAGAGUACCAGGAAGAAGUGUAUCGUUCAAAAGAGGAGAACGGCCGUCUACAGAGGCAGCUUGAUAUCGUUCUCAAACCACAAAAGAUACAAUUACAAAGGACAGACCUCCAGCAGCUCUCUCUCACUGUCUUCGAAGAGGAGGUUCCCACUGAGCAGCAACACUGUGAGCAGGAAUGGAGCCCCAGUCUGGGGCAAGAAGACCCAGAGCCCACUCAGAUUAAGGAGGAACAACAGGAGCAACACAGGACCAUGCAGGAGGAAGAGUUUCAUAAUGACUUCUUCAUAAUUAGCUCUAAUGACUGUGUGAAAAGUGACUAUGAUCAGGAAGAGGACUCAUGUCAGCCCUCACAUCUUUACCUAACCCAAAGUGAGGAAUAUGGACAGGGAGCCUCUCUAACAAGCACUUCAACGGAACCGAUCAAAACAGAACCUGAUGGAGAGGGCUACAUGUCAUUAGAACCAACCAGGGAACCUCAGCCCCUCUCUGUGGUAAAUCCGGUCUGUUCUCCAACCCCAAGUAAAUACAGGGAAGGUGUAGAAGAGGAAAAGGAACCUUGGAUUAGGUUUAAGCCACUCAAAUCAAAGAAAGCACAGAAAAUAGCAAGCCAUAGCUCCGGUAUGUGGAAAAAAGGAAGGAAAUCCACAGAGUCAUCCCAUAUGAACCCACACAGUCAAAGCCUUACUACUCCCUGUUGGUGUGGUGUGUGUGGAAAUAAAUGUUACUCUGUGAGUUUUUUAAUAAAACAUACACGAGAACACACAGAGGAUAUAGGCCUAGAUUGCCUUUGUGGUAUCUGUGGAAAACACUUUGAGUCCAAAGAAAUUCUCAUAGAGCAUCUCCAAACUCACAUGAAAAAUCUUUUUUGUCACUUAUGUGGUCAAUGUUUCAACUGGACUAGUAAUCUGAAAAGACACAUGAUGAUUCACACAGGGGAAAGACCCCAUCGCUGCAGUGACUGUGGCAAAGGCUUUAGGUCGAGUGAUUGUCUGACAAAGCAUAGGAGGAUUCACACAGGGGACAAACCGUUUCCUUGCCCGGUUUGCCACCGUGGUUUUAACAGAAGAGAUAACCUGAAAGUGCAUAUGAGAGUUCACACAGGGGAGAGACCGUACAUGUGUUCUGAAUGCUAUAAAUGUUUUGCCACGUUAACGUCACUGAAUAAGCACCAGACAAUGCACAAUGAGGAACGACCAUAUGUGUGCACCGAUUGCGGUACGCGCUUCAAAGCGCUUGAAUCUCAAAGAAGGCACAUGAAGAGUGUUCACAACAAGAAGGAGAAUACAACAUGAGAGUGCCAUGUAUGGGUUACGGUAUCAGAUAGAAGAUUGAGGCGCAUUCUAACCGCCAUUGGACAGGAGAACAGCCCUUUAGGACACACACAUUGCAUUAUGGAAUCAGUGCAGUAGUUACCAUUACUUGUUAGUAUCCAUUACCAAUUAGUUUACCAAAUGCAAAUAGCAGACAGAAGUUAUUUAUGUGCCCGUGUUUCUAUAAAGUGUCACAUUCUCUAACUUGUUGAAAGCCAAGCUCAUUUUAUUUUCAUUAAUCCACCGUGGGAUGCAUUUAAUUGGCUGUAAGGAUGGAUCCGGCAUAACCCAAAUCCAGGCCUACACAAACCCAACCACCGAACUGAUCUGUAUAGAUUAGAUCUGAUGUUGACCUGUUAUGAUAGGAAUGAAAAUUAUCUUCAACAUUCUGAAUAAAGUUAGCAUUUUUGUUCUCAA